UAUGGACCAAGGCUGUCAUUUAGCGGGAAAAGAAAUCUAUUCAUUUUGAUGGCUAUUUUAUGGCAAAUGUAGUGCUUUAAUCGCGAAUUAAUAAUUACGAAAACAUGGUUUAUAUAUAAAUAACAAGAAAUAUAUACAAUGUUUGAGUGGGCAUAUAGUGGCGCUAAUAAGGCCGUCCCUAGAAAUGUCGGCCCUGAGUGUGCUUAUUUUUUGUCGCCCCAAAGACAAAUACUUGAAACCAUUAUUGUUACAUCUAUUUGUUUAUAUGUUAUUAAAAAAACAUACCUAAAAUUACGAAUUUCCGACGAAGUUACAUAUAUAAAAAAUGAUAGAGGUGGAAAACGACUUCUGGUUAUCCUCUUAGCAUUAUUAUGGGGAAUGGAAAUUGGUUUCAAAUUCGCUUCACGCACUGUAAUAUAUUUGCUUAAUCCCUGCCAUGUAACAACAUUAAUUCAAAUUUACCUUUUAGCUGCUCCUCCUAGCAAAACUGUCACAGCACUUUUUAGAAUACAUUUAAAUCUUUUAAAUGGUCCUCUUCUGGCAUUUUUGUUUCCGGAAACAGCUUCAAGAACUAUUUUUGCAGAAGCUGCACUAUACUGGAUACAGCAUGGCAUGAUGUUUGUUAUUCCAUAUUAUUUGUUAAGAAUUGGUGGUGUGUAUAAUGUUGAACCAUUUUGGGAUUUCAACUGGGCCAUCUUCAGCUACUGUUUGAAUCUAAUGUAUCACUUCAUUAUACUGCAAGUAAUAGCAAUACCUGCUCAAGUUAAUUUGAACCACAUGCUCUGCCCUGCAAUUUUGGACCCUUUUGAUGGUCCGUGGUACCGCAUAGCAGCUGUUUUACAUCAAGCGCUACUUUGUCCAUUGUUAUGUAAGCUGUUUUGCCUUAUAUCAGACUUUUGUCUGACAAAAUUCGGUCCUACCAAAGUUAAACCUCAAAUGAGGGACAAUUUACUAGACAAAGCUCCACAUAUACAAAAUGAUUAGAUUCGGUUUACUUACAUUAUAUAAUCAAUUUAGCAAUGCAUAGCUUAGCUUUAAUGUGUGACAAUUAUAAUUUCACAUUCCCCACAAACUAAAUCAAUUAUGUUAACUAGCUAGUAAGUAGUACUAUCAGAGAAGUUGACACAUAGGCAGAUGGCGGACCUAAGUAAUUUGGUCGCUUUAGGUCAAACUCAUCCAACCGAUCACAGUUAAAUACCUGUGCUAACAUUGAAUUGACAUAAGCCAACCAAACAACGUAGGUCUGUCAACUGCCUAGGAAUCAAUUUCCUCUGGUAAGUAGGUAUACAUCUUGGUGAAUGAUACUGCAAUUUAUUUCAAAUAUCAUUUAAGUAAGUAAAUAUUUGUAUCAAAAUGUUUUUCCCAUUUUACUUUUACUGGCUGAUUGCAGAAUAAUUCAGAAAUAAUUUUGCUUGUUAAAGUCGGUUAUUAAGGCGAGGAUAAACCCCAAUUAGUUAU